AUGAUUCGAUGGUUUCUGAGGUUUCAGACGUUAUUGGCAGCGCAUAUGAUUCUAGCCGACAUAAUAGACAAUGGUUUAGAAGGUGAACCCGUAAUAGAAUGCGGUAGUGAAAGUCUUAGCGUUCGAUUCCGUACUCGAUCUCCUUUUGAAGGACACGUCUACGUCAAAGGGCAUUACGGAACACAAGGAUGUCGUACGGACGCAUCACUUGAGAACACUGCUAAUAUAACCGUUGGUUUCACUGAAUGUGAUGUGAUACGACAAAGAUCGAAUUCACCACGAGGUCUUCUACUUGUCUCAACUGUUAUCAUUUCAUUUCAUCCGAUGUUCGUCACGAAGAUUGACAAGUCCUACAAAGUGCAGUGUUUUUAUGCAGAGUCCUCAAAAACAGUGACCCAAAAUCUGGAUGUCAGUGAAGGAAAAGAUAUGCAGAAGAAUGUACUUGUGAUUAUCGGGGACGAGGAGACAAAUUCAUCAGCAGGACGACCAUCGAACGUUCUACACGACGUUGCACGAAAAUUGCCCAGCGAAACGAUCAAAUCAACAGUGCCACUUCCUGAAUGUAGAUAUCAGGUUCUUUCCGGCGGAAAAGAUGGAGCACCAUUAAAAUUCGCUUCUGUAGGUCAACAAGUUUACCAUGAAUGGAAUUGCGAUCCAGACGGAAAAUAUGCAAGUGACUCGUCAUUUUGCGCAACAGUUCACUCAUGUAAUGUCAGAGAGGAUGGAGGUCGUGAGGUACAAUUACUUGACGAAAAUGGAUGCGCAGUAGACAGAUACCUGCUUAAUAACCUGGAAUACACUUCCGACCUAGUGGGCGGCCAAGUUUCGCAGGUAUUCAAAUUUGCCGACCAACCCUCACUUUUCUUCCAGUGCCAAAUUCGUCUUAGUCUUAAGGAGGGUGAUGUUUGUAAGCGUUCAUCAGACGAUUGUCCGAAGGCCUUGAGAGGUAAACGGUCAUCUGAGAAAGAGGACAACAAUGUUGAUGUUAUCUCACAAUAUAUGACCGUCUUUGACAUAGAUGACACCACUGCAGAUCCAUCAACUUUGCGUCAGGAUUCACUACGUGGAGACAUUUGUAUUUCACCACUUGCUGCCGGUAGUGUUCUAUCCGCAUUCGCAUCAUCUCUGUUGAUUUGUGUGAUCUGCAUGGCCACUAUGAAUAGUCGAAGAAAUCCUGCUCAUGUGAAACUCGAGGAAUGA